ACUUCCACUCGGGACAGAUUCACUCAGAGACACUCAGAGACACUGAGACUCUGACAGAACAGGAGACAUGAAUGUGACCCAUCGACAAAGGGACGUUUAUUCAUCUUUAAUCUUCUCCAACAGAAGAUUAUCAUAGAAACAUACGAACAACGCGUCUGUGGUUCUCUUCUCUCAACGCGUUUGAAUCGGUGCAUUUCGACGGAUUGGACGCGGACAGUGUUUCCUGGUCUGUGUCUUUAGAAGAGGACAAUCCACUCAGCGAAUGUGAUUACUGUGUGAACGUUCGACAUCACUUCCUCCUGUGCCAACCGAGACAUGGACGCCUAUAAGCUGAUGAAGGAGCUGCGGGUGAAUUACGAGCAGGAGGUUUUUUAUCUGCCUAAAGAAACGGGGCUGGUCCUCAUCGAGUCCUCCACACAGGACGACAGUCGGAUCUCGGCCAAGUGCAGAGAUGCCAAAGUUGAGGACUUGUGGAGUCUCACCAGCUUCUUUGGUUACAGCACGCAGACCUUCGUCCUGGCUGUGAACCUGCUGGACAGAUUCCUGGCCAUGAUGAGGAUUCAGCCAAAGCACCUGUCCUGCGUCAGCCUCAGCUGCCUCCACAUGGCGGCCAAAGUGACGGAGGAGGAGUGCAACGUGACGUCCACCGACGAGCUCAUCCGCAUCGGACAGUGCAGAUUCACGGUCUCCGACCUCGGCCGCAUGGAGAAGAUCGUCUCCGAGAAGCUCGACUUCAAGUCCAAAGCCAUCACUGCCUUAACCUUCCUGCAGCUGUACCAUCAGAUCGCACUUUCACACUCCACGGACAGGAAGGAGACUCUGAGCCUGGAGAAGCUGGAGGCUCAGCUCAAAGCCUGUCUGUGCCGAAUCUCCUUCUCCAAAGCCAAGCCGUCCGUCUUAGCCCUGUCGCUCCUGAGGCAGCAGAUCGCAGCUGUUCAGUCGGAGGACAUGUUGGAGAUCGCCUCUCAUAUCCAGAGACACCUGAAGAUUGCGGACGGCGAGCUGCGGCUGUGGAGCGAACGCGUGGCUCAGUGUCUGUCGGACUACGCCUCGCCCGAGUGCAGCAAGCCCAACCACAGGAAGCUGCAGUGGAUCGUGUCGCGGCGGACCGCCCAGAACCUGCACACCUACCGCAGCGUCCCCGAGCUGCCCACCAUCCCCGAGGGGGGCUGGGACGAGAGCGAGAGCGAGGAUUCAUGUGAGGAUGUGAUGAGUUCAGGUGAGGAGUCGCUCAGCAGCUCCCUGGGCAGCGACGCCGAGGGGCCGUACUUCCCUCUGCACUACCGCCAACAAAAAGACCGUGAACACCUCGUCGCCUGAAGCCUCCCGUGCCAACCUCUGAACCCCCCCGCCCCCUCCGACGUCCUUUAAUUUAUUGCUGAAUAAGCUGCGGUGCUGGAGGAGACUUGUGUAGCUGAGUGCUCUGGAUUCUUCUGGUAGAUUUUAGUUAGUGAAAGUGUUGGUGCAUGUUGAGACGUCACAUUCCAGGAUGCGAGAGUUUGAGGAUGAACGAGUGAUGUUCGGCGUCUGAAAGGUGCUGAGCUCACUGAGGCCGCGGUGACGCUUGGUCAUCGGAUCAGAGCAAACACAGUUCUCGUUGUUGAAAAAAAUGAUUUGCCAAAACAUGUGGUGUGUAUUUCCUAGAAUGUUUUUGACUGUUAUUAAUCUCAGACUGUUUUUAUUAAGGGUAAAGAGAAGUUUGUUCAGAGCAGUCGCGUGGUUUCGUUUCAUCCUCGUCAACAUCACACUGUCAUUCGUGGGUUUGUUGAAACGAAACUGGAGCGUUGUUAUUUCUCAAUGACGUUUCCAGACGCGUCUGCUCUGAUCGUCUGUCACGAGUUUGAUUUGCACAGUUUUUCUUUUUAAAUCUCAUUUCAAGUGUUAAAUGGUAAAACUGGAGUUUGCGUUUGAAGAGAAACUGAAGCGUGAGCGACGUUUUGCUUCAGAACCGGAACCUGGCGGUCGCCACAGGGUGUUCAGACUGUGUGUGUGUGUGUGUGUGUGUGAUAUAUUUAAAGUUGCCAAUUUUAGGAUGUAGCUCAAAAAAGGUCUUUGAUUCUUUUCUGAAAGAAUGUUGAAUGAAAAGAUGUAACUCAGACCACGUGUCCAAAAAUUCUAAAAAAUGUUAAAAAUGUAAAAAAAUGUUAAUACAAAAACAUGUAAAACUGUAAAUGAUGUACAAAAAAAUGUUAAUAGUUGUGUAGAUAUUGAGUUAUUUAUUCUUUUUUGUCACCUGUACUGAAAAACGAAAAUCUUAUAAAAAAUGUUAUUUUUAAUCUUUUUUGUCACGU